AAAGAGUUGGUAACGUUGAGAAAAUUGGGAGGAACCUUGCGUGUCUCCUCUUUUUAACUCUACUUUUCCUGCUUUCUUUUCCCCUUUACUUUCUCUCUCCUCUUCACUUCACUCUCCUUCAUCCUCCAUUUUCAGCAAUCAGAAUCCUCCAUUAUUCCUUUAACCAUUUUUCUCGUGACACUUUUUCUCUCCUCCAUUUCUAUCUCCAUCGCCAUUUUCCGGCAUGUAAGCUUCUCAUGAUUUCCAUUAUUCCUCACCUCCAUUUUCACUCCUUCUUCUUCAACAAAAAUGCAAUCCCCUUCUCCUCAAACCCAUCUCCGUAAUGGAAACACAAAUCUCUCUCCUUCACCACCAAAUCGUAACAGCAACAAUAUUCGAUUCCAAACAACUCUUUCCAUUCACAAACUCAAGCGAUUCAAUUCUCUUAUACUUAUUUUUCGUAUUGCAACCUUCGUCUUUUCUCUCUCAUCGUUCGUGUUCAUGCUCACUAAUUCCCGCUCUUCUCCUCCUCACUGGUUCGAUUUCGACGCUUACAGAUUUGUGUUGGCGGCGAACGGAAUUGUUGCGGUUUAUUCUUUAGUAGAGAUGGUGGCCUCUGUUUGGGAAAUUACUACUGGUGCUACUCUUUUUCCUGAGGUUUAUCAAGUUUGGUUUGAUUUCGGCCAUGAUCAAGUUUUCGCAUACAUGCUUGUAUCAGCAAACUCAGCUGGAACAGCAUUGGCAAAGACGCUGAAGGGAGCGGACACGUGUACAGCCACAAGUGCAUUUUGUGUACAAUCAGACAUUUCAAUAUCCCUUGGAUUUGCUGGUUUUCUUUUCCUUGGUUUCUCAUCUUUAAUGUCUGGUUUUCGGGUUGCCUGCUUCUUAAUCAACGGCUCUCGUUUUCACCUUUAACUUCAUUUUGUUGCGAUUCUUUCGUAAUUAAAGAGUAUUAGAAAUAGGUAGUAUUACUUGUGUAAUCAAUAGCUUUUAAGAGAAUUUAUUUGAGUUUGUUUUGUGAUUGAGGGUUUUUACUUUCAUCCUUAAAAAUCCUUUUGUAUAACAUUGCAAUUUUACAAAUGAUUGUAAUUAUGCCUCA